AUGUGCAACAGGAUUGAGGAAAUGAAGCGGAAAGUUGAAGAAGAUCGCCGAGCUCUUAGCGCAGAGAGCGAGCAGAUGCGUGCUAAGAUGGACUUCCAGGUGGACGAGCGGGUACGAGAAGCCUUGGAGGAACACAACACACGCGAGCAAACACUGAUCCAAGAUAUCGAUGCACUACGGCUCGCAUUGAGAGAAUGCAAGCUGGAGCUAGCGAAGACCAAGAAAGAGGCAAGCGCUGCUGCCGCAGCGAACAGCACCAAGCUGGCCGAGGCGGUUCAUGCCUCAAAGGCUGUGGAACAGGAUAUCCUGUGUCGAAAGGACCUCGAGAAGGAGGUUGAAAGGCUUAAGGGCGACCUCAAACAGGCUGACAUCCGCUUGGAUUCUCUGUCUGCCGACUUGGCCCAAAAGAAUAAGAUGGUGGACAAGAUCGCGGAACUGCAAAGAACGACGGGAGAGGCCCAAGAGGGGCUCCGUGCGGCAAACGAUCGCUUCAACGAGGAGGUCAUGCGCAUGAACGCAGACGUAGCCAACGCGGAGGACGCGUUGGAGAAGAGCUCCAGAGAGUGCAGGAGGUUAGAGGCUGCUGUGGAUGAUGCCAUUGCCGACAAGGAGCAGGCUCAGGCAUUAGUCGAGGCAGAAAGAACGGAGGUAAAGCGGCUAUCUUUGGCGGCCGUGAGCACAGAGACGGCGCUCACAGAAGCUAAAUCCAAGGUCGAGGGGUUAGCAAGGCAGCUGAAGAAUGUUCAGCAACGUGUGGAGGCCUCAGAGGGCCUGGAGAGAGACCUUAAACGCCUUGGGCAGGAGGCGGAGGAAAUGCAUCAGAAGUCUCAUCGAGUUCUAGACGAAAAAAAGAGAGAGAUGGAAGCGUACAGGAGUCGUGUGGAGGAGGGAGAAGCUCUGUCGAGGAAACUACGAGGAAGCCUAGCAGAAGCGGAAGGUCGAGCCCUGCAAGAGAAGGGGGCGGCAGAGCGGCUGAUGUUACGCGUGUCCUCUCUGGAAGGCCAAGUUUUGGAAGGUAAAGCUGCCCUUGCUUCUAUCGAGGCUGAUAGGAGCGCGAUCCUCUCCGAGCUUACAGCGACCAGGGAGGCAGCUGCUCGGGCGGAAGAGUUAAAGGCAGCCAUCACGGAGUCGACGUCGAGGGAAGAGGCUUUGAGAGUGGAGAUGGCAGCAACGAGAAACGCCCUCGAGGCGGUAGAAGCAUCGCUUGAGCGAGAGAGACAUGUUUCGAGUGAGACUAGGACGGAUCUGGUCAAGCGUGCUGAAGGGGCCGAAACGAGAUGCGAGAGCUUACAAAGUAGCACGAAGGAGGUCACGCAGAAACUCCGAGACACGGAACAACGAUUCCACAAGGAGCUGGAAAAGUCCAAGGAGAGGGAAACCGAAAUGUGGGCACAACUACAACAGGUGUCCAGCAAUUUCGCCGAGGCGGCAAAUAGCAAGAAGGAGGGUGAGACCUCGUUCGAUGCUAAACUCGGCGAUCUGGAGAAACACCUUAACAAGACUGAGAAACAGCUUUUGGGGUCGCAGGCGGAGUGUGUACGAAUAAAGGAAGCUGCGCAGCGCGAGGUGAAAGAAAAGGAGGCGGAACUGGAAAGCCUCAGAGAACGACUUUCAAGAAAAAAGGACAAGUUCGCAGCCCAGAAAUUGUCUUUGGAGCAGGAGAUAAAGACGCUGACCGACAAGCUCUCGGAGGGACGGGUGGUGGAAGAGGGAAUCAGGGCUCGGUGCAGGGAGGUGUCGGAAAGGGAAGAGGAAGCCCGAAACAAGCUCACAGUGCUGCAGAACGCAAGAAUUGCCGCCGAACAGGAGAUCGCAGCGGCCCGGGCAGAGGCCGCCGGUCUAAAGAACCAGCUUCACGACCUGCGCACUAGGUUUGACGACGAGUCUGCCCGACUGCGUGAGGACGUUGAAGUAUCCCGAACGCGGUUCACAGCGGCCGCCUCAAAGGACGAGGCUGAACGGCGUGUACUGGAAGAGAGCAGGCAAGAAGCAGAGGCAAGGUGUGCUGUCCUGCAGGACACGACCAACCGACUGGAAGGCGACCUCGCUCGACUUACAGCACAGGUGGCGGCUGGCAGCAUGGAUCCUGAUGCUCCUCGUGGGGGGGAUUCACAAGAAAUCACGGGGUUGAAGUUCAAGGUUGUUGAGUGCCAGGGAGAGAUUCAGCAACUUUCAUCCCGGGUGUCGUCCUUGACGGAGGAGAAGAGCGAAUUGGAAGAGCGACAAGAGCAGGAGAAGCUACGGUAUUCGCAGCUCGAAGCCGCCUCAAUCCAGUCAAGACAGGGUUACGAUCGCGUCAAGGAAGAGAAUGAAGGAAAUAAGAGGUUGGCUAGUGCUGCUCAAGAAGAGGCACAAGAGUGGAAGACGAAGUUUGAAGCCGAGAGGGUCCUCAGGCGAGAACUAAAUGCCAAGAUCUUGGAUAUGCAGGGAAGCAUACGGGUGUUGUGCAGGUUGCGGCCCUUGCAAGAGGCAGAGGUCCUGGUGAUCGAACGAGGCAAAGAGUACGAGGACCCGAUGGCAAACAUUACUUACCCCGACGUCGAUCGACUAACUUUCUGGGGGGUGCCAUACCAGUUCGACUACGUAUUCGGGCCGGGCACGAAGCAAGCACAGGUGUUUGAUGAAGUCCAACCUAUGGUGGCCUCUGCUUUGGAAGGAUACCGAGUCUGCGUCUUUGCGUACGGUCAGACCGGGUCGGGGAAAACUUACACGAUGGAGGGACCAAAAUCCGACAGGGGUGUCAACUUCCGAGCUCUGGGCGAGCUAUUUAGUCUUUCAAACCAAGAUCACACAAAGGAGUUCCAAUUCCGCGUCAGCAUGCUCGAGGUGUACAACGAGUCUAUCAAGGAUUUGUUCGUUGAGCCGGGGCGGCCUGCAGCAGCUGCAAAUAAGCACGACGUACGGCUGGAUAAGAAGGGCCGGGUGUACGUGGAAGGGCUCGUUGAGUGCGAGGUUGAGACGCUCGAAGAGGUUGAGGAGCUUGUCGUUCUAGGUGGGCGAAAUCGCACUGUGGGCAACAACAACGUCAACGAGCACUCAUCUAGAAGCCAUCUAGUGCUCCAGGUGCAUAUCACGAGUACAGAUGUGGCCACGGGAUACGUACAACACGGCAAGCUGAACCUCAUCGACUUAGCUGGCAGCGAGAGAAUAAAGUCUACUGCAGCAGAGGGGCAGCAACUCAAGGAAGCCCAAAACAUCAACCGAUCCCUUAGCGCGCUUGGUGAUGUCAUCAAUUCCCUCGGAUCCGGCAGUAAGCACGUCCCGUAUAGGAACUCCAAGCUCACGUUCUUGCUACAGGACUCGCUGUCGUCAAAUGCCAAGGUGCUCAUGUUUGUCAACAUCAACCCGGCCCCACAGAGCCAAGGAGAGUCUUCGUGUAGCCUUAACUUUGCCAAGAGGUGUCGUUCGGUCCAAUUGGGGACAUCACGUCGUUUAGGGGGUCGGUGA